CCCCCCUCUGCCCGGGACGGGGAGCCCCUCGGCGCAUGCGCAGUGGCUCCGGCGCCGCCGAGCCUCGGGGAGUUGCGGAGCAGUGAGUGGGUCGGCGGCGGUGCGGAGCUGGGCGUGCUCGGCCACUCGCACAGGGACCGCCGGGCGGGCGGCAGCGAUUUGAUAUUUGGAACCUUCGUGCCUUGACAGUAAUCAUCAUGGACAGUGUGUUCUUAACAGAGGACAAAGCCAAUUCUGUGUAUAAAAGAUAUCGAAGAGCCAACAAAUUUUUGGAAGAAUUAAAGCAAGGGGACAUAGAACAUGAAUGCAGAGAAGAAAUCUGUACUUAUGAAGAAGCAAGGGAAGCAUUUGAAAAUGAGGAAAAGACGAAGGAGUUCUGGAAAGUCUACAAAAAUGGACUUCAGGGAGAAAGUAACACAGGACAUAGCUGGUAUUCAUUUUACCUUGCAUUUCCAUUAAUCAUUGGCCUUUUUGUUAUCCUCAUUGUCAUUUUUGUCAUAUGGAGAUGCCUGUUUAAAAAGAAAACGCGUAGACAGUCGGUGUACGCGCAUAGGGGAGCCCACGACGCGAUAGGUGAUGGUGCUGUGUCUGACGGCAGAGGUUCACUCCCGCAGCCUCUCAGCAUUGUUCAUUCCCCACAGGAGGAAAUGUUUGAAGUCAGUGGGCUCUCUCCAGGAGGUCUGAGCUAUGCGGAUACACGGUCAGACUCAAUAUCCACAAGGCUGUCAAACUGUGAUCCUCCUCCUUCAUAUGAGGAAGCCACUGGUGAAAUCAGUCUGAGAAGAAAUGAAGCUGAACAACAUUUAGAUCCACCUCCACAGUAUGAAGACAUUAUGAAUUCUAGCUCAGCCAGCGCAAUUGCACUAUCUCCUGUUAUCACCAGUACUAAGUAAAGCAAGAAGAAUACUUCUGGACUUCAAAAAAAAAAAAAAGAUCAAAUCGUUUUGUAGCACUUUAUCUUGGCUUAUUAUGCAUUUCUGUAAUUUAAUGGACCUGUAUAAUGAACUUCCCUUUUGUUUUAGAUUCACUUGUUCUUUGAGUCAUAGAUUUUUCUUUUCCCCUAUGACAGACCUUAGAAGAUAAGGAAUCUGUAUUGUGAGCGUAGUGCAGGUACAGAGAUGGUGCCCUGUCAUAAUUCUCAAAAGUAUCUCUGCUUUGAGAGGCGUCACUUGUUUUAUUCCGGAUGCUGACCACAUUCCCCACAAGAUUUGUGGAAUCCCCUUCCCUUCUUACUACAGACUCUUGGAAUUGCCUGAGAUGGGGAAUCCUUAAGAAACAUUUUAGAAAUUUCAUUACACUAAAGCAGACUAAUUUUGCAGUGUUUCCUCUUGUCUGGUUAGUUCCUUUUACUCACAUGGAAUUUUAUUACAUGCCACGUUGUAUCUUGGGCUCUGGAAUGACCAAGAGCCAUACGCCUUGGUAUUCAAACCAAUAUAUUGUUAGACUCUUCUGGCUUAAUAGCAAUAAUUUCAGAGCCCUAGCAGAGGAGAUAUAUUCUAAAGCUUUUGCUAUUACAAUUCAUGUUUAGAAGCUAGUAAUUCAAGACAGUAAUUAGUGAAUUUGAGUACUUUUUUGUGUGUUCUGCUUUUCUUCUCAGCUUUCUAUCUGUCUUUGUUUAUUUUAGGGUUGAGAAGUAUGCGCGUGCUACUUUCACAGGUUGAAAGCUCACGCAACACUAAAGAAUGAAAUACUGAAGAAUGGAUAAAAUCCUGAUUGUUUGGAAGUAGAUACCAGAACUACCAUAGUCUUCACUGGGACCAGGAUUUCAUCCAUUAUCCAUAAACACAUAAACCCAAAGAUACUGCUUUCCCUUUUAAAAGGGGAAAAAAAAAAAAGGAAAAGCAUUCAGUGUGCCAUUGUUUUCCACAAUAAUAUGACCCCAUUCUCAAAUCCUGUUGUUAUUUUGCCUCAUGCGUACUUACAUGUACCAUAUAUACUCCUUGUAUUAGUGGCUAUGGAAAUCCAUUGCAGAGAAUUUUGAUAACUUUCUUCAGCUGGUGUAUUUAUUGCUGAUUUCACAUUUGUUCAUUCACGUAGGAGGUGCUGGGAAGCAUGGGUAAUCUAGGCUAGCUCCACAAAUGUUGUGGCCCGUGUAGCUCCGCUAUCUCCAGAUGAGAGCUGCAGAGACUACCUGGUGUAGAGCAAAACCAUGAGGACCUGCUGUGUUGUAUUUUUAGCAACAUAAUGCAGACAGAACCCCAAGUUUUAGUUUGGAGUGGUUUUUUGAAGCUUAAGAGAUGUAAAUUUGUCAGAUUUGAUAUAAGUUGAUUGAAAUUCUGUACAAGCCUCUGUUUCAACUACUUUAGAUACUGAUGAUAGUUUAGCUGGUGCAAGCUGUGGUUUGCUGAUUCACUUUUCUCUAUUUAAUUUAAGAAUUCUUUGAUCAAUUUAGCUUGUGAAUAUUUAUUUUUGAUUUCUCACAUCAAGGUAGCAUGGCAUUAACUUUAGUAUUGUUCUGUUUUCUGCUAAUGAAUUAGCACCAACUGAAACAUAUUUGGCUCUGAAGGACUACUGUGUUAUGCUGUCUCUCUCACAACAAAAGCCUGAAUGAGUAUCUUCUUCCAGAUAUGAAAUACCAGUGCUAUCCAUUUGAAAUUGCUGUUAAUGUCCUCAGUUAAUUGCCUGCUGGCAUCUGCCAUGUUGUGAGUCUGACCCAUCUUUUCCCUAAGGAAUUUUGCAGAAGAUUGCUGAAAAGGAAUGAACGAAUACAUGGGUGUGCAUAUGCACACUUCUGUAAAAGUAGUUUGAAGAAUGAAGUUAUGAUCCUGUGAUUAACUUUAUAUUCUCAUUUUUGGCAAAGAGUAGGUUACCUAAAAUGUCUACUGGGGAUCUUCAGUUGCUAAAGUGAAUUUAUUGGCGUUAAUGGAUGGAGCUCCAGGCCAAACUGUUGUCAGAAAGAUAACUCAUAUAUUCAUUAUUCAUAAUGGAUAUCGAGCAGAUAAGUACAAUAUAUUUUGGACUCUCUGACCUCUUGAAGUGCUUUUAGCUCCUAGGUGAAGUCCUAAAUUACCACCUGUAGAAAUUUAAGCUCCUUUUAUACUGAGCAACAGUUAUACUGCCUUUGGCCAGACAUUACCAAAACAAAGUGCCUCGUCUCAGUUGCAGGAGACACCUGAAAGAGCUGGUAUUAAUGUCUAUGCCAUAUUGGCAUCUCCUGUGCCUGCCAACACAGCUGGCAGUUUUAGCAGUAAUUUUUUAGUUUGAAUAUGUGGUUUUCCUGUAGGAAAUGCCUGGAGAUGACCUAUUUCGCAUUAGGUCAUUCAGCAGCUGUCAACCCCUGAAGAGGGGCAGUCUGGUCUAGAGGUGAGCCACCUUUUUUUCCUCUUUGUUUCCAUUACAUUACUAGCUUUAACAACUUUCACGUUUCUGUCUCCUAAGUAGAGUAUGUUACUGCAUUCUGUAGAUACUUCUAUGUGCAAUGCAAACGUCAUAUUUGUCUUUCCAAAAAAAGCCACAACCAAAUAUCUGAAAUGACCUGUGACUAGAAUUUAUUGGGCCAUGCCUUUUCUGCAUCCAUGCACAUGAGAUGUGAGUGCUAUUUAGGGCUAUAAAUUUGUCUUGGUGUGAAUAAGCUUUCAUAAAUGAACUGAAUCUGCACGUGCCAGUUAUCUAAAUGUUUCCUCUGAGACAUUAGCAGCUUUCUUCUUGUUGGAAUAAUGUCACAUUACCUAAUAUUUUGUUUUACUUUGUGAAACGUGGGGAAGUGACGUAGUUUUGUGAAUAGCUUUUCUCAUCUGGGGUAAGAAUAACAUUUCUUUUGUAGUGGGUUUUCCUACAGCUUUGUUUUCCAGGGCACUUACUGAUUCUUCUUCUCUUGUAGUUGCAUUAUCAUGCCAUAAACAUUAUAAAUUUAUAUUUGUAUCUCUCUAAAAGGCUUUCCAAGUCUGAAUGCAGUACUGCCUUGACUAUUGACACAAAUAGUCAGGAUUCUGCUUUUCCCACUUUUGAAUGUAACACUGAAUUUCAUGUAUUAGGACUAAGAUGAUUUACCCACUAAAAUAAACUUGUAUUUAAAUGUCGCUGUUUAAGAAAUUAUGGAAAUUAAUUGUGCUUAGAUGAUGUUUAGCAUUAGCGGAGGUUGUUCUGUCUUCACUGGGUGUAAAUAACCUCUGAUUACAGUAUUGUGUGUUUUGAAGGGGUUUGGUUUACAUUAAAUUAUCAUAUUUAAACAUUCUUGACUAUGUUUAUAGAAAAAAAUUUUGUAACAUUUGUUUUUGGAUAUGCUAAAUAAAAGUUUUUAAAUGCC